GGGCCUGGCCCCGCCUCUCUCUCCCGAGAGGGCGGGCACCAGGCGGCGGCCGCAGCCGCAGGAAUAUGCUGGAAGGCGGCGGGCGGGCGCCCGCGAGGUGCUGAAAGGACAGUUCCCGCCGCCGAACUUAGCCCGCGGGUGGGGCGGCCCGGGAGCCAGCGGGGCACGUGAGCGAUGGAGACCAUCUGGAUCUACCAGUUCCGCCUCAUCGUGAUCGGGGACUCCACCGUGGGCAAGUCCUGCCUCCUGCACCGCUUCACCCAGGGCCGCUUCCCCGGGCUGCGCUCCCCCGCCUGCGACCCCACCGUCGGCGUGGACUUCUUCUCCCGCCUGCUGGAGAUCGAGCCGGGCAAGAGGAUCAAGCUACAGCUCUGGGACACGGCGGGACAGGAGCGGUUCAGAUCAAUAACCCGAUCUUAUUACCGCAACUCAGUUGGUGGAUUUUUAGUAUUUGACAUUACUAACCGACGAUCUUUUGAACAUGUGAAAGAUUGGCUAGAAGAAGCAAAAAUGUAUGUACAGCCAUUUCGGAUUGUAUUUCUGCUAGUGGGACAUAAAUGUGAUUUAGCUUCACAACGUCAAGUUACAAGGGAAGAAGCUGAAAAACUGUCAGCAGACUGUGGAAUGAAGUAUAUAGAAACCUCAGCAAAGGAUGCUACAAAUGUUGAAGAAUCCUUCACAAUCUUGACGAGAGACAUAUAUGAACUUAUUAAAAAGGGAGAAAUUUGUAUUCAGGAUGGCUGGGAAGGGGUUAAAAGUGGUUUUGUUCCAAAUACUGUGCAUUCUUCUGAGGAAGCAGUAAAGCCCAGGAAAGAAUGCUUCUGCUGACUUCAAACAUGCCAAAGAACUAACAGGAACAGAUUGGGUGUCACUUCAGGAUAAAUACCAACAUUAACAGCAGAAUGAUGCAAUGAAAGAAUUUUAAAAGGUUACAAACCCACACCAAUACUAUUUUAUAAGGUAUUUGAUUCAGAGCAUGAUGCUUACUUGUUACACUACUAGAUUGGGUAUUUUGCUAAAUUACCAAGCAAAGCAGACAAUCUUUUUCUUGAAAUUACCUCCAUUCUUACUUUGUUAGCAUACGCUGACCUUAGUGUCCAGAUAUGUCACUAUUACUCAUUUUUCUUGACAGUUCAAAUGGAUUUUUGUGCAUAUAUAGUCAAUUGAAAAGAUUUUAUCAGGAAUUACAUUCUCUUGAGUUAAUUAAUAUUGAAUAGCAAAAUGCAUUUAAAUAUGCACUGUUCACCUGCAGAGUAAACAAUCUCAGAAGUAUCGACUAGGACGUAAAUAGCAGUUCCUUAUAUAAGGUACCAGGUUUUUUCCCCAUUCUCUGGAAAUGUUUGUCCUCCCUUAAUUUUGCCUCAACACAAGAAAAUAAGUUUUAUGUCCAUUUUUGUUCCCUAAUUUAUUGCUUCUAAAAAUGCAUUAUGUUUUACAAAGAUAUCUAAGGAUCCAAGCAAACUACUUUAAGCAAAUAUUUGUAAAAUUAAAAACGGAGGACCGCUCACCAAAUGUUUGAAAUGUUGCCUUUUUUUUUUUUUUUUUUUGAGACAGGGUCUUGUUUUGUCACCCAGGCUGGAGUGCAGUGGGGCAAUCUUGGCUCCCUGCAACCUCUGCUUCCUGGGUUCAGGUGAUUGUCAGUACCUUACCUCAGCCUCCUGAGUAGCUGGAACUGCAGAUGUGCGCCACCAUGCCCGGCUAAUUUGUGUAUUAUAAGUAGACACAGGGUUUCAUAAUGUUCCCCAGGCUGGUCUCCAACUCCUGGCCUCAAGCAAUUCGCCCCCCUCGGCCUCCAAAGUGCUGGAAUUAUAGGCAUGAGCUGCCGUGCCUGGACUAUCAGCAGCAAAUGUUUUGCUGUUACAGUGUACUGUUCAUAUUUAGACAAGAAAAACAAUUUAUUUAUGUAUUGACAUUUUCAAAGAAAGUAAAUGCAAUUUACUUUGAACUAUUGUCAAAAUUAUUAAUAUAGGUAAACAUGGAAUGUUUUUAAUAAUAGCAUUUUUGUCCAAGUAAAUUCCAAAUUUCCUAAUUUCCAAUAUGAAAAGAAUGCAGAAAAGAUUUUUCUGGGGAAGAAAAAUUGGUUAGAUGUUUGAUAUAUUUAGCCUUCAAAUUGCAUUUUACAAUCUCAUCAGUACAAGUUAAGAUAGCAUAAUCAAUUAAGACAGUAAAAUGACUUUUGAGUUUCCUAAUUUUUAACUUAUUGAUUAAACUCUCCUGGAAGGGAUAUUUUGAUCAUAGUGUCAAAUAUUUUAUAAUGUACAUUUCUAUUCUGUUCUGUAAACUACUCUUAAUCACAAAAGAGUACCAAGUGAAGUUUUUUGGAAUCAUAAGGUUUUUACUCUUAACCUUUGGUUGCUUCAUUUGUUUGAAAACCAAAGUGGCAUAGUAGAAAGAAUAUUUAAUAAGAAAUCAGAAAACUUGGUUACCAAUAUCUAACCAUGAGUAAGUCACUUGACCUCUCUAAGCCCCAUUUUUCUUAUCUGUAAAAUUAGGCUAAUAACCCCAUUUAUUAGUGUGUUUCAUGGAAAAUUAUUUUGAGAAUCUAGUGAAUGAUGCAACAAACACUUUGUAAAUAGAGUAAGCAUUUUGAGAUUGAUAUGCUGCUCAUGGGCAUACUAUUAUAUUUACAAUGGGUGAGAAUUUUGUUUUCUCAUGAUUUUUCCUUUCGUUCCUAUGCAGAGGGAGUAGAAAAAGAUGUGUGUCUUCAUGGACCCAUAGGAAUUCUUGAUUGAUGCAUAUCCUCUGCUUAUUUUUUUUGGCGGGGGUGGGGGGCGAGGGGGCCGAGGUCUUGUUCUGUUGACCAGGGUGGAGUGCAGUGGCAUGAUCACAGCUCACUGCAUCCUGGACCUCCCAGUCUCAAGCGAGCCUCCCACUUUAGCCUUCUGCUAGCUGGGACCACAGGUGCACGCCACCACGCCUGGCUAAUUUUUUAUUUUCUGUAGAGAAGGGGUCUCCCUAUGUUGCCCAGGGUAUAGGUCUCAUACGCCAGGGCACAGGUCUCAUACGCCAGGGCACAAGCGAUCCUUCCGCCUCGGAGUCCCAAAGUCCUGGAAUUACAGGCAUGAGCCCCUGCGCCCGCUUCCUCUGCUUUUUUUACCUUGAGCUAUUGUUCCUGCAAAGUGGAAAUAAUAGAGAGGGACGUUCCUGCAGACUUAACCCAAUCAAAAGUCACGUUUGUGCUUUUUGUGCAUCUUUGAAGUAAAUAUUUAAUUGUAUUUUCAAAUACUUGUACAUUUUCUGGGUUUAUGUAUUUUUAAUUGUGCUUAUGGGGAGAUUAUAAAUUAUAACUAUAUAAGGUA